AUGGCAUCCUGUCCAAUUCCUUCAAAGGAAGCAGAAAGUGAGAGUACAGCUAUGCCGAAUUGGGUUGAACUUCCAAGAGACAUCACAGCAAACAUUCUUCAGAGGCUUUGUACCAUUGAAAUUGUGACAAGUAUGGAGAUUUGUUAUUAUGCCAUUAAACAAAGUUGCGGUCAUUUAGAAUGCAUUAGCAUUGAUUAUUUUGCCACAGAUGAUCUCCUUAAAUUCAUAUCUGACAAUGCUAGUAAUCUCAGAGGCCUGAGGCUUGUAAAUUGCCAUGGAAUUUCUAAUGAAGGGUUCUGUGAAGCUGUAAAAAAGCUGCCGGUGCUAGAGACAGUGAACAUUUCACUAUGUAACUUCUCGAAAGAUUCUCUCGAGGUUGUUGGCCAAUAUUGCCCUCUUUUGACAGGUAUCGCACUUGUGAGAUCGUGGUUGGUGUAUAUGGUGUAUGAUAUUCAUGAUGAUGAAGCAUUUGUUAUUGCAAAAACUAUGGUUGGGUUACGUUAUCUUAAUAUUCAAGGAAAUAAGAUGUCUAAUGCUGGGUUGCUUGCGAUUCUUGCUGGUUGUCCUCAUCUUGAGUUUCUUGAUAUUCGAAGAUGCUAUAAUCUUCGGUUGGACGAAAGCUUGAAGAAAAAGUGCAUUGAUCAGAUUAGAAAUCUGCUACUCCCAGAGCAAACCGUUCAUACUUUUGAAGACUAUUGUGACGAUGAUCGUGUAACUUAUAGUGAUUCUAUAAUAGAUGAUGAUUGUUUUGAUCCUUACGAUUGA